UGGGCUUAGGGAUGAAGGAGCGUCGCUUAUUGGUCUGGUUGUUUGGAUCUGAGUGGUCGUCUACGCAUAGUAUCAUCCUUCAUAGGUCACAAUGGUACUCGAUGUGCCUGACCUGGAAACAUAAAGGCAGACUGGCCCUGUACAUUGAUGGCCAGCAGAAGAUAAUCACAACAGAUACUCCCUCCCUUUCCCGCAAACUGUCCCCCAAUGGGACGCUUACUCUCGGUGCGUCCCGCAGCGUGGUCAACGGUAUUACAUUUCCUGCUCUGGUGGGCAAAUUAUCUCUGUUUCGGCUAUGGGGGCGAGAACGCAGCAAACAGGAUGUGACAUCACUGAGAUGCACAGAGGGGGACGUUGUGAAGUGGGCGAGAGACAACUGGGACACCCCGGUCUGUGAUGUGUUUUCAAAUUCCAGCCUGGAGUGUGAAUGGUCCGUGUACGAAGUGAGACUGAUGUUUCUCAUCAUGCGCUCCGAUGGGAAAAACAACACAGAGCUCUACACGGCCAGAGACAUCGCACAUACCUGGCUCAGAACGGUUCUGCCGAUCACCUUCUUCCUAAACAGAGUGUCCGUGUUCGAAGUACCCAGAUCCAGGAAAAACAACAGCUUUGUGAAUGAAAACAAGCUGGUGCGGUGGUCUCCCUCUUCCAAAAGGUUUGACUGCCUGGUUCAUAUCAACGUUAUCCCCAAGCUGAACGUGGCAACCGUGAAAAAUAUGAUCCCCACAGAACUGAGGAGCAUCUACUACGACCCCAAAGAGAAUCUCCAGCUGCAGGCUGAUUGUGACAGCAUACACACCACACCUGUUGAAAGUUUCUCCGCUGUUACCAUGAGUCCUUCUGGAGAGGUAACAGAAUCCUCUCCAGUCACAACCACCACAUUUAAAACCACAACAUCCAUUAAAACGACUAGCACCCCCACAAGUGUCCCUACCACUGUAGCUCCAGUCACAACCUUGAAUACAACAACCCCGGCAAAUGUCUCUGAGCUGUAUUUUGAGGUUAAGAUGAAUAUUACCCUAACAGGAGACUCUGACCCAGGACAGACUGUUUCCACCUGGCUUAACUCCAGUCUACCAGAUGACAUGAUGAUGGUGCUUGACCUCCAGCUGCUCCCCAAAACUCAAAGGCAUCAGCAUAAACUGCAAUCCACUGCUAACAAAGUGUUUGGGCCCAGCAUUUCAAGAGAGAGCUGUAUUUUCCAGGUUUUGGUCAUGAUGUCGCAGUUGAACACACAGGAAAUAAAAACACAGAUACGACACCUACUGCUGACGCCCUACAUCAACGAAUUGAUCUCCAUAGAAAUUGAGGACAUACAGAUAAGCCGCAUAUUGAUAACUAAGUGCAACGCAGAAAGCCACCUGACGAUGAAAGGCCUGUUUGUGUGGCCAGACACUCCAGGAGGAAAAAAUGCAUCUCAGCCGUGCCCAAAAAACCCUCUAUGCCACGCCAGACGACACUGCAAACUGUGCCACAGAACUCACUGGCUGGUCUCAGACCUGGAGGACUGUGGUCUGGUGGUGGAGACCAUCCCUGAUCUGAAUCAUGUUGAAGUCACUGCUGAAAAUGCACUGGAGGUGGUGGAGAUGAUUGAGGAUUUAUUGAGCGACCACUCCACACUGAACUACCAGGAGGUGGCCACAGUCCUCAACAAGCUGGAGGACAUUGUGAAUCUCAGCAGGGUCACACCAUGCCUGGGCCAAGCUCUCAUCAACAUCAUCUCUGACAUACUGGAGUCUGACAGCAACCUGGUGCCUUUUACUAACAUGAUCCUCAACAUCACAGAGGCAGUGGGAGACAGGAUGGUGGGCUACGAGGGCUCCUCCACCCUGACUGCCCCCUCCAUUGCUAUCUCAGUGGUGGAUGUAGUUCCUGGAGAGUUCAGCAGUUUAACUUUCGGAGUGUCAUCUGACCGCGCAGGCAAAAAGCCUGAGAUCUUCAUCAACAGCUAUCCCUUCAACCGAACAGUGGCUUUCAUCUCCCUGCCGUCCGUCCUGCAGCACAGCUUCCCAGAGAACAGCUCCACCCAGAGCCCACCCAGAGUCAAGUUUCAGUUCUUCGGCAUCCCAAUGCUCUUCAAGAACAGCCAACAGGGGCACGUCCUCAACACCUUUGUGGUUUCAGCCAGUGUGACCAACGCCAGCGCUCCAAUCAAAGACCUGGAUGAAGACGUGGAAGUCAUGCUCUACCAUCUAAUACCCAACACACUUCACAGGGACGUGCAGUGCGUGUACUGGAACUUCAAUAAAAACAAUGGACACGGAGGCUGGGAUGAUGACGGCUGCAGGAAAGACAACAGCAGCUCUCAGUACACAACGUGCCUGUGUGAUCAUCUCACACACUUCGGAGUUCUUCUGGACGUCUCCAGGACUCCGUUGGACCCGGCUAAUGAGCAGAUCCUCACCAUCAUCACUUACGUUGGAUGUGGAGUCUCCUCAGUGUUUUUGGGAAUCACUGUUCUCACCUACACAGCUUUCGAGAAGCUUCGUCGGGACUACCCCUCUCAGAUCCUGAUCCACCUCUCCCUGGCGCUGCUGGGCUUGAACCUGGUGUUUCUGGUUAACUCGUGGCUGUCUUCCUGGGGUCUGUACGGCCUCUGCGUGGCUGUAGCAUCCACAAUGCAUUACUUCCUCCUGGCGUCAUUCACCUGGAUGGGGUUAGAGGCCGUUAACAUGUACUUUGCACUCGUCAAAGUCUUCAACGUCUAUGUGCCCUCUUACAUCCUAAAGUUCUGCUCUCUGGGGUGGGGGAUUCCUCUGGUUAUCUGCAUCCUGGUGCUUAUCGUGAACAGAGAGGCCUACGGCAGUCACCUCUACACACACGGUCAACAAAGCCUGAAGACAACUCUAGACAACUCUGACAACUUCUGUUGGCUCCAGGACGAUCUGACAUUUUACGUGUCCGUGGUUGCUUAUGCCGCGCUGGUCUUUCUCUUCAACAUUGCGGUUUUUGUCGUGGUUCUGAUCCAGAUUCGUCACAUGCGAGUCAACAGGCCGGCUGGGAUUCGCAGCGGACUCAUGCACGACCUGAAGGGAGUAGCCAGUAUCACUCUGUUACUGGGACUCACCUGGACUGUUGGCUUCUUCACGGUGGGACCAGCCAGAGUAGUUCUGUUCUACCUUUUCGCUGGACUCAACACCCUGCAAGGACUUUUCAUCUUCCUAUUCCACUGUCUGAUGAAGGAAAAUGUCAGGAAACAGUGGAGGAUUCACCUCUGCUUUGGACGUUUUCGACUUGAUGAGUAUUCUGACUACAGCAACUCGGGAUCAGUGGGAGUGACGGCCAAACCCAAAUCAAAUCCUCCAAAAGUGCCAGUACCAUCGGUGGAUUCUGUGAAGUCCAGCUCCACAGAGAGCACAUCAGCGUCCUCUGACUCCAGCCAGAGAGACUCGUCCUGCAAGAGACCAAACCUGGGCCUUUUCGUGAAUUCCCUGGCUCUCCCUCGUGCCCAGAAGAGCCCCUCUGAUACAGGAGCUCUGCCCUCCCCCAGGGGGGAGAACCCAACACCUGGCUGGAGGAAUCACUUGCUUGGCCAGCAAGGAAACAGAUAAAACACAAAGAACCACAGACACAUGCAAAUGCUAGAAACUGACAUGAAAUCUUGAAGACCGAAACAGCAGUUUUAACAUGCAUUUGUUUUUUAACAUAAGAUAGAUAUCAAAUUAAUUCCUUUGUAAUCCAGCUUCAUUAGAUCAUUUUAUCGUGCAAUCCUAUUGUCUUUUUGUUUUUGCCAACUACUGAUAAAGAGCCUGUAAUUAUGAAGUCAUGAGUAGUUGCAUCAGUUCCAAUGAGGAGUUGGUUGCCAAGCAACUGGUGAGAUGGAGC